AUGGACGAAAUCACUUUAUGGUCACUCAUCUUGGGCAUUGUCCUUGCCGUGUCUGCUUCACUAUUGCUGCGGGGCCAAACAGCAAAAGAGACUGGAUUGGAAGUCACUCAGUUAUACGUAUAUCCAGUCAAGGGUAUGAGAGGGUGUGCUUUGAACAAAGCACAUCUUGGGCCUUUCGGUUUCGAAGGCGAUAGGACUUUUUGUCUCCAAAAAGUCCGCCGAAAUGGCGAUUCGGAUGUCGAGUAUGAGACAUUGCUCAUCGGAUAUGAACUCAAGCUUGCGCUAUUCCAGGCCUCCAUCGAUUACGGCAAGAGUCGAGUCACCGUCAAAUGGUACACAGACAAGAAUGAAGACAGAAUUCAUUUUCCUCUGAAACCUUCUCUUGAGGGGAGGCCGAUAAUUGAAGCCAGUCUCCAUGCGAGCAAUACCAAGGCUUAUGACAUGGGUGACAAUUUGUCUGGAUGGUUCUCAGAUCGUAUCGGCCAUGAAGUUCGAUUGGUCUAUAUCGGCGAUGGAUCAAGAGCUGUUCAUGGAUCGUUGGCUCCUCAUAGCUCUGAAGCUUUGCAAAAGGCUUCGUUCACUCAGCGUAUCACGAGCAACAUCCCGUUCCUAGCACAUGAACCAGAGAAGCUCACUUUCAGCGACAUUGCUCAUUACCUCGUCGUCACAGAAGAGUCUAACAAUGAGUUAUCCUCGCGUCUGAAGGAAGGUUACUCAAUGGACAUCACCAAGUUCCGACCCAACAUCGUUCUUCGCGGCGCAUCUGGGCCGUUUGCUGAGGACUACUGGGGGGGCCUGUCAUUCUCUGGUGGGGUACGAAUGGCUUUGACAGCGAACUGCUUCCGAUGUCAAAGCAUCACCGUGAAUUACGAGACGGGAAAGACAGCGACUGAUGAACGAGGUUUGGUGUGGAAGAAACUGAACAAAGACCGAAGAGUGGACAAGGGUGCGAAAUACAGUCCUGUCUUUGGACGUUAUGGAUUCUGCUACGGCGAUGACGCGAAUAAAUCAUUGUCGGUUGGGGAACGAGUUGAUGUCACCAAGGUCAAUAAGCAGCGAACGACAUUUGAUUGGCCACAUCUUAGCACAUUUGGCGUUUCAGAGAAGAAGUGA